AUGGCCGAUGCCGGCGAGCACGCGCCGCUGAUACUUCGCCGCACGGCGAGGAUCUCGUCUAACCAUGGGUCCCCGUCGCGCGCGCGGAUCGUCCUCGGCGUCGUCCUCGCCGCGCUCCUCGUCGCCCUCGUCGCGUCCACCGCCCCCGCGUCGCUCCUCGUGGACGUCCUGUCCAACCUCCGCGUCGACCUCUUCGGGGCUGGCGCCCCGCCCACCGUCCGCGUCCUGGUCAACCCGAGGGACUGGCCGGAGCGCGACACCUUGGACGUCGUGAGCGACACGUGGCGACGGUACCACGAGGAGAGCGGCGCCGUCGUCGUCCCGUUGGAGCUCCCCGAUCCCGAUCGGUGGCCGAUGGGAGGAGGGUACGCCGAGCUCACCGCGAGAACAUCCGACUUGCUGCCCGGCACGCGCCUCGACUUUCUGGCGUUCGACGCGCCCGACCAUCCGGACCUUCCCCUGGCGGUCGCGAGGGGGAGGCAGAGGGUCGCGGCGUCCUCGCUCGGCCACCUCGGCGCGUGGCUCGACGCGCGCCGGGAAGACGGAGUCCCCGCGCUGGCGGUGGUGGACGCCGACGAUCCCGGCGAUCCGAAGCUACCGCCCAUCGCGAUGGCCCCGGCGGUGGCACGUCAGCUCCUGCGGGGGGGCUCCCCGGGGAUGAAAAGUCGGCACCCGGGGACGGUCCUUAGGGAUGGAAGGGUCCCCGGGGACGACCCCGGGGACGACCCUGGGUGGGACAAGGGGUGGGACGUCCUGUUUUUGGACAGGGGCACGGCGAGGUUCCGAUGGAAGUUUUACGUCGUCUCCGCUCGAUUCCUCGCGCGACUGCCUUUGCUCUUGCGUGACCACCCGUACGUCGCGACGACGGAGUGGCAGAAGGGUUUGUGCCGCGCGGGUACCCUGCGGUGCUUCGAUUACUUCGGGGAGAUUGGCGGGGCGUACGAGAUCGCGUCGCCGCCGCCGCCGACGGGGGAGGAUCGCGAAAACGGUCGAACGGUCAGACGGAGGUCCGAACACGCCAAAAGGAAGGACGAAACCGCGUCCCGCGUCCUGGGCUCGGGCGGGGACUGGCGCGACGUGGACAAGGCCGUGGCGUCGGUCGGCGCGCUGGACGGCGGCUCGAACGCGUCAACAGACGUCGUGCCAGUGCGUUUCUCCUCCAACGACAAGUCGUACGGGAAGGCUCGAAAGGUGGAGAAGACCAUCGCGUACCACGUGCAGGAUCUACCGGUUAACUCGUCGAAUCCCGGGGAUCUGGCGAUGACGCUGGCGCGGGGGAUGGCGCCCGCGCUGGACGAGCUCUCCGAGGACGCGUCCAAGACGGCGGACGACGUCGUCGAUUUCAUACUAAACGGCGUGCUUCCGAAGGAGGACGAUUGGGCGGCCAAGAACAGGGCACGCAUGGAGGAGGAGCUGCGGGAUGAGGAGGACGCUCGAGAGCGGGAGAUUCGGGAGCAGGAGGCGGCCAUGGAACGGCGGGCGAUGGAGGACCUCUGGUCCGACGGGCCCGCGAUGGAGGAGGCCGUCGAGCGGGUGCGCGAGGAAGAGGAGGAGACUGAGGAGGCGGAGGCACGCGAGAAAAAGGCGGAGGCUUCGAGUUGGCUCGCAGACGUCCUCGGGUGA